CCGCACUUGGCACGCCUCCAAAGAGAGAUGCUUUUUGAGAUGGCAGCGUCGGCCGAUGAAGGAGAGUCGGAAGCGGAGGUUCGACUCACCUUCGGGUCGUAUCUGCCACCGGUUCGAUUCGUGAAUGACUCGGCCGAAGAGAUCCUGCUGCUGUGGGCGAUUCAACAGCCCACGCUUUCUAAACAGAACUCGUUCGUCCGUCACUCGUCUCUGCGACUCGACAUAGAGGCCUGCGGCCGCCGACUCACCAUCUCCCAGUCUCCAUCGUCCAUGAGCACACCUGGAGUAACUGGAGCUGUGAUGUGGGAUAGUGGAGUAGUUUUGGGGAAGUUCUUGGAGCAUGCUGUUGAUUCUAGAAUGCUUGUUCUUCACGGGAAGAAGGUUGUUGAAUUGGGCUCCGGCUGUGGAUUAGUCGGUUGUAUUGCAGCUCUUCUGGGGGCUAAUGUUAUUCUGACUGAUCUGCCUGAUCGGCUGAAGCUCCUAAAGAAGAACAUUGAAACCAACAUUGAAGGGAAUGCACGUGGUUCGGCCAUGGUGACUGAGCUCGAGUGGGGUGAUGAGCCAGAUUGCGAGUUGAUUGAUCCUUUGCCAGACUUUGUAUUGGGGUCCGAUGUAAUCUACAGUGAAGGGGCGGUCACGGAUCUCCUGGUUACUCUACGGCAACUUUCUGGGGCCCACACAACUAUUUUCCUGGCGGGAGAGCUACGAAACGAUGUUGUGCUGGAAUGCUUCUUGGAAGAGGCUAUGAAGGAGUUUGUAGUUGGUCAUGUUGAUCAGGCGCAAUGGCACCCGGAUUAUUGCAGCCAUCGGGUAGCAAUGUUUGUUUUAGUGAAGAAAUCGCAGAAAAGGGGGCUGAGGGAAUAGUUUCUGAGUCUCGGUUUUGGGUGUCGGUCUCACUAUCAAUCCAGUCUUUCCAUAAGGAGUGUGUUCCUCUUCUACAAGGAUACCAACAGUUCUGUUGCCUAGUUACCAGAAGCAGCAGGAAGCAAGAGCAGCAAAUGCAGAAAGUUAUUUCUGGAUUCAGAUUCCUUAGGAAUUCUAGGAAUUCUGAGAUUUCAAAACUGGUGAUGGAUUGGAAUGUGUGGGCAAGGAAGUCGCCCGAGCUUGACGUCUGUGAUGAAAUUUUCUUAUAGCUGUAUGCAAAAGCUCUAGAGGCAUAUCAGGCAUGCAUGAAGGUUCUUACAGAGAGAAGUGAACAGAACGCCAUUUUAAUGGCAAAAAUGGAACAGAAAACUGAUAAUUUGAUAGAAGUAUGAAAGCUAUAAGGAAAGAUAUCGAAUCCAAUGGCCUGCACAGCAGUCAGAAAAAGCAUAAGAACGUCUGGAUUAAUGCGAAAUGAACUAGAGUCAUCCAGCAACUGAAGUUGUGUAUUUGUGUAUGAUAGAAUUUCUGAUGCCAUCAAACUACAACUUUCCAUCUCAAACA